AUGUCGUCCUCCCAGAGCGUCCAGUGCUUCGGCAAGAAGAAGACCGCCACCGCUGUUGCCCACUGCAAGCAGGGCCAGGGCCUCAUCAAGGUCAACGGCCAGCCCAUCUCGCUCGUUCAGCCCGAGAUCCUCAGAUUCAAGGUCUACGAGCCUGUCCUCAUCCUCGGCCUCGACAAGUUCGGUAUGCGAUUACCUAUUCUCCCGGAAAGACAGAAAGAGCAGCGGAUGUAA